CAGGGAACAACAGUUGCCAAAAGUAAAAGUUACUUCAGCUGGAGAUGCAAAACUAAAGACUCUUAGAGGACUACAGACUUCCAAAGGCCAGGCUGUCUCAUCUGCUGGGAGGAAGGUUACUAAAAAACAACUUACAGACUCAUUCAUUGAUCCAUUCAAUUUGUCAAUUGAGAUCUCUGAUGAAAAAGACAGUGAAGAUGAAGAUGAAAACAUAGAUGAAGACUACCAGCCAAGCUUUUGUUUAACAGCUGUGCUUCCUAGAGAAGUGACAGUGUUAGCAGAUGAUGUUGCGUUUGAAGAGGUUGAGUUCAAUCUUGAAGCAGACGAUGAGGAAUUAGUUGAGGAAGCCGAAGAUGUAGAGAACAUUCCAGUGGAAGACAUUAAGAUUAUAACAUCUGAACAGGACAGUAAGGACAUAACAUCCUCAGUGAAAUGUUUUGUCUUCCUGGAACAACUGCUGACUCUAGCAUCUUAUGGCCAAGUUCAGUGUACAGAAUGCAGUGACAUUGUACAAAUAGAGCAUUCUUUUAUUGGAUCAGCAGUUUAUAUCAAAUGGAUUUGUGGCAAGAAUCAUGUUGUGAAGAAGUGGUGUUCCCAGUCCCAGUUGAACAGAAAAUUGCACUCAGGUGAUUUUCUCAUCUGUUCCACAAUUUUAUCAUCUGGGAACAACUAUAGUAAAAUGCUUUUGUGGGCGAAGCAACUGAACUUGCUGUUUCCCUCUUCGACACGGUUUCAUGGAAUACAGCGAUGCUAUAUGAUUCCAGCCAUAGAAAGUGCUUGGGAUGAAAAUGUGCAAGAAGUUCGGUCAGAAUUUCAAAACCGUGAUAUUAUUUUAAUGGGUGAUGGAAGAAAUGACAGUCCAGGCCAUUCAGCCCAAUAUUGCUCCUAUACAUUUAUGGAAUAUGACACAAAGAAGAUAAUUUCCUUACUCACCAUUGAUAAGAGGCAAACAGAAAGAAAGUCGGUGAAUAUGGAAAAAAGGGGAUUUAUACAGGCAUUAAAUGAAAUAAAAGAUAGUGGCUUGUCAGUGAAGGAAGUUGUGACAGAUGCACACUUGGGAAUAUCGUCUGUGAUGAAAAAACAAUACCCUGAUGUGAAACACUCAUAUGACAUUUGGCAUGUGGCUAAAAACCUUGGGAAGAAAAUAGUUAAGGCAUCUCAAAAGAAGCAGAAUAUGGUCCUCAUGAAAUGGUCUAGAGACAUUAUAAAUCAUUUCUGGUUCUCCUGUCAAAAGGCUGAGAGUUAUUCAGAGUUUGUGGGCAUUUGGAGAAGUGUUCUUCACCAUAUUACCAACAAACAUGAAUGGAUAAUUCCCCACGGAGGAUUGUACCAAUGCCUUCAUGAUCCUCUUGGAGAAGAUGAAUCAAGAAGCAAACCAUGGCUUCAUCCUGAAAAAGACAGUCAUGUUCUCAAAGAACUGGCUAACAUUGUUUUGGACAAGAGACUAUUGAAAAAUGUGGAGCACUUCUUAAAUUUCAGGAGCACAGCAGAACUAGAGGGGUUCCAUCAACACAUACUGAUGUACUGUGCUAAACGUUUUGCAUAUACACCACCCGUAUACAGGGCAAGGAACCUGCUGGCUGCACUGGACCACAACAAAAAUGCAAGCAGGGGUGAAAUGAAAAACAAGGAUGGAUCUACAAGGUACCACAGGACUUACAACAAGAAGUCAGGAAGGUGGUCAGUUUAUGCCUGCAAAGAACCAAAAUCCUUCGAUUACAUUCAGGAAGUCCUUGUGAAGGCAUUAAUGAACAGACUAAAUGACACCAAGGGAAUGUAUAGGAAGGUGACUUUGGACCCAACAGAUGUCCGGCUAAUAAGCAAGACAAUCGCACCUGUUGAACCGCCAUCCACACAACAGCUGGUUCAAGAAAAGAAAUCCCGCUAUAAUUAGACAGUCUGUACGGCACUGUUAUGGGAAAGCUUGUUUGAUGUAUUUAAGUGUCAGUUGCUGUCUUUAUAAGAGAUGAUUUGAUUACAUGAUGUCCAUUAUUACCAACAAUUAUUUUACAGCUUUGGCCAUACUUCACAGAAAUGAUUCAGACAGGAUGUGGACAACAGUUGUAAUAUUGGUGCUAGUCUGGUGGACAAUUAGUUAGUAACAAUAGAAUGUUGAAGAUCUUCUUACAAAAGCUAUAAUAUUUGGUAGCUUUACCUGUUGGUCCUCCACAAAAGUUGUAUAUUAUAUUAUAUGAAAAUUUUUGCCGACCAUGUGCAUGAAAAAUGCUGCAGAAAAUCAUAUGACCACCAAGGUCACAGCAACAUUUUAUUAAAUCAUUUAAUAUAUGAGCCGCGUCACGACAAAACCAACAUAAUGGGUUUGCGACCAGCAUGGAUCCAGACCAGCCUGCGCAUCCGCACAGUCUGAUCAGGAUCCAUGUUGUUCGCUUACAAACCCUACAACAAGUAGAGAAACUGAUUGCAAACAGCAUGGAUCCUGAUCAGACUGCCCGGAUGCGCAGGCUGGUCUGGAUCCAUGCUGGUCGCAAACCCAUUAUGUUGGUUUUGUCAUGACACGACUCAUAUAUAAACUAUAUAAUAACUAUGUAAAGAAUAAGCCCUUAGUUGUGACAUUUGCUAAGGCCAUAAGGUAACAUUGUUCUUGUUAUUAUGCGUAGUAUUUGUAAGACCCUUGUCUGAUAAACAGCAUAAGCAAAAAUAAGCCAAGCUAAUGUUGCUAUGACCAGGCCAGUUGAUGACAAAUUUCUGCUUUUACAGGUUAUUAGGUCAAUGUCACAGAUGUGAAAAUCUUGUCAUGCCAAUGACAAUAAGUUUUGAGUCGGGUUUUAUGGACAUUUUGAGUUAUAACACUUUUAUUAUACCCCCGCACAACAAAGUUGUAAGGGGGGGGAUAUAUACUGAAAUCAGCUUGUCCGUCGUUUUUUCCUUGUCAGCCAAAUAACUUAAGAUUCCUUUUACCCACAGUCUUCAUAUUUGAUAUUUAGAUUGGUCAUGAUAAGUAGAUAACCUCUAUUGAUUUUGAGGUCACUGGGUCAAAGGUAAAGGUCACAUGGGCCUUGAAUACAUAAAGCUUGUCCACUAAAUUACUUAAGAUUCCAUUGACCAACAGUCUUCAUAUUUGGCAUAUAGGUUAGUCAGGAUUAGUAGAUGAUCCCUAUUAAUUUUUACGUGACUGUGUCAAAGGUCAAGGUCAAAUGGAUUUUUACUAAAUCCAUCAGAUGCUUAAGAAUGCAAAUCCGCAGUGUAUUGAUUUUCACAUUUGAAGCAUGUACAAUACAUAACAUAGCAAUGCACUGGCUUAGUAACCUCAGAUUUGGCAAGGAGGUUGUCCUUGAGCUGUAAAUGGCCACAGUUGAUUAUGACAAAGUCGUAUGCGGGGGUAUUCAUGUCAUGACAGUGGCAGCUCUUGUAAUGUAUAACACUCAACCACACUUCAAGUAUGAAUAAAUGUGUAAAAAAAGUAAUGUCCAUGUGACAGGCAAAUUAAUAGGGGCAUAAAUGUCUGAUGGACUUAUUUCAAGUAUAUACAUACUACACAGUGUUUUAUUGGAAACAAACUGCUACUUUCAGGUCUUUUUGUUAAAAUUGUUGAUUAACUGCAUUUUAUGUUAGAAUAUGUUCAGCUUAUAUCAGAGAACUAACAGUUUUUGAGCAUAUAUUGUGAGAUUGUUGGUCUUUUAACCCCGAGUUAAAGCUUGAACUUGCUUUAAAGUAAAUUUAUAUGGAGAUUUUGUAUUGGAUAAUAUUAAAGCCUGUCAGACUCAAGAUCAUUUUUGUUAAAAUAUAAAAGUAGAGACCAGAUACAUACAGGGAGCCUUCAUAUUACAGGAUAAAAUAUUAGUUAAAGGCCCAUUAUGCCUCUGAAAUGCUGUUAUUUUUAUUUUUCAUAACUUUAAAAUUUUGGUAUACUUUCAAAGUAUUGAAAAAGUUACUCAUUGGCCAAUUACUGGAUAACCCCUUUUCAACUUUGGCUUUUUGGUUUACAAUUUACUUUUAUUAAUUAUUUCACUAUAACUACUACUUUUUUAAAGCAUCUCACAAUUCUUUUAGA